UAAAUAAGAAUAAUAGAUAAUAGAAGAUUGUAGACAGAGAAAAACCAAAGUGGAAUGAGAGAGAAAUAAAAAGAAAAGCGAAAAAGAACAAGAAAAAGAAGGAGAAGAAAGAACAAGGGAGUAGCUGAAACUCUGACAUAGUCAGCCACCACCUCCAUUCACCGCCACCUUUGGCCGCGCCGCCUCUUUACUGAUCAUUUCGGUCCUUCCUCUGUUGUACGCACAUGAUAGAUUAGAUCUUUAAUCGCUAUCUCUUGUUCUUGGCUAAGCUUUUUAUUUUUCUGCAAUUAACAUUUAUAUGAAAAUUAUGGACUACUGAUAUUUUGGUUUUUUUGGGUUGGUAAGAGAUGGCCAGAUGGGACUGAACUGAAACAAAAUAACUGUACUUUGGAGUGAAUUAAUCGAAUCCAUUGCUCUUAAAUCUCUCUCCAGAUAAAGACCUCUCCUCGGGUUGGCUUUGUCCUCUCCCGACACCCGUACAAUCUUCUCUCUCCCGAGUAAAAGCAGGUGAUCCUUGACCAUCUCGUGCUGUCGAUCUUUAUAGAUUAUAUAUAGUAGGAGUGAAAAUCUUGAGGGAUUUGGUUGGGUUUGAGGGGAUAUGGAAUUCUUGAUUUUGCAUUUGGUGUUAUUUAUUGUUGAGAGAGGAGGAGAACUUAGUUUCAUACGGUGGUUGGGCAUGCACAAGGUCACAUAAUAAUCGCCCUUUGUUUUCAACUAUUUAGAUUCGCAACACUCAAAAACAGACACGUUGAGUUCAUUGUCUUCUCUAUAUUUUGAAACGCUCCUCGCUACACAGUCUUCGCUCAAAACCUGCAUGCACCACCAAAGGCCAAAAAAAACCCAUAACAGUACUUCUUGACAAAAACACACAUACAAAGCCAAAACCAAAGGCCAAACAAGAAACGAGAGAUGCAGCAAGAUAAAGGAGGAGGAGGAGGAGGAGGAAGUGAAGAGAUCAUGAAGCAAAAUCAAGACCGGAGGUUAAAGCCGAUGCAAGGAGAGAAUCAACCGCAGCAGCAACAAAACCAGCCACAAAAAUGCCCUCGACGAUAUUGGACUCAAGGUGGAACCCUAAGGAAUGUUCCUGUGGGAGGCGGUUGCCGGAAAGGAAAGAGAGCAAAAGCAUCAUCAUCUGCAUCUUCUUCCUCUAGUGAGAAUUCUAGGUCUCAUUCGCAGUCGCAGAAUAUAGUAUCUACUAAUACAAAUUCAGGUAAUACUGCAAAUCCUGCUUUGAGAACUAAGGAAUUAGCAAGUUUGAUUUCACCUUCUCCUGCAAUAUCUUCGAUGGGGCCGUACUAUUCUGGCGGCGGCGGUGGAUUCUUGGGUUCUUUAGCAGCAAUUCAAUCUUUGAACAACCACCCAAUACCACCUCAAUCAUCUUUUUCUUUAAAUCUACCUAUGAAUCUCGCUGGCGAUAUAGGAGGUCCUUCAAAUCUGAGCCUUUUGCAUGGAUUUAAUUCUAUUCCUUCAUAUGGGUCACAACAGCAGCAACAAAUUCAACAGCAAAGGCAAUUUUACCAAAUGGGUAAUAGAGAUACAAAGAGUACUGGAGAGCUUCCUUUUUAUGCUUCUUCUCAUCAUCAUCAGCAGCAGCAGCAUCAAAAUUGGCAUAAUCACCAAGCUUUUAUCAGCAACAAUAACCCAGCUAUCGUAUCUGAUACUGCUUUGUGGAGUAUUAGCACCAGCACCACCACAGCCAGCACUAACAGAGAAACCACCACUACUGGUGGCUCCUUUUCUUUGAACCCAGCUGAUCAGUGGCAUGAUCUGCCAGGUUAUGGUCCUUCACCGUGACUGAUCUCUCUUUCAAGGAAUUAAUUCUUUAGCUUUUUUUUGUAUACAAACGAUCACCAAUGGAUCCUUUUUCUUGUUUUUUUUUUCUGGCAUUACCUGUUUCCUUUACAUUGUCAAGAUGGUUUGGGGUAUAAUACUUGUUAUUUGGUGUAAAUGCAAGAGUAGAGGUAUUAUUGGCCUUUUGUUUUGCUUAUAUCAUAGAGAGAAAUUCUGUUUUUCUUUUUUCUUCUUUAUGUUCGAACUUUUGAGCAAAGAUAAUAUAUAUGUUUUCUUGGUUUUCUUUA